UGAAACAGAGUUCAAAAUGUUGAGCAAAAAUAGUUGAUUGGCAUGACAUUAUCUAUUGGUUUUUGCAGAUUUUCUGUAUCUAUGACUUCAUUCACGAGCUGGGUUUUCUAGAUGGAUCUAUAAAUACACACAACUCUGGAUUGACUUCUCUAUGCAAAGAGCCAAAAACCCAGCGAAAGAGAAGAGAAAGAGAUAAACCCAACCCAUCUCAUAUUUUCCUCCAUUCUUCCUGUCUCUUCUCAAAAAACAUCUGCCCAUUUCUUGUGCUCAAAUAUCAAGCUCAUAAAAAGUUCAUUGCUUUCUCCCCUUUUCUUUCUCUCUUUGCCUUGGAUGCUUGACAAGUGUUCCUGUUUUUUUGCGGAAAGUAAGAAGGUUUUCUGUUUACAAAACAAAAGUAAGUGCUUUAUUGGACUUUGUGCUUAUCUUUGAUUAAUUCUUGAUGGGUUUUGGUGGGGCUAAAGUCUGAUUUGGGGUUUUUGGCUCAGUUUCUCCUGGGAUGUCUAUAUUUUAGAAUUUUGGCCUCUGGGAAUUGAGAUCUAGGCUUUGUUUCAGCUCUGCUUUAGAUUCUUGGGUUUGGUGUUUGUGGCUUUCAUUACUCAGAUUUUGGGGCUCUAGACAAAGCAAGGUCUUCAAUUGUGGCUUGAGCUGUAAGUUCUAACUUUAAGUUUAGAUUUUGGAUUGCACUGUUUUUGGCCUGGGUAUUGAGUUUUGGGUUAAAGAUAGAACUGAGUCUUCAAUUCUUCUUGUGAUUCAAUUUUGUAACUGCUAAUUUCUAACUUAGGGUUUUGGUUUGUUGUACUGUUGGUUUUAAUCAGUAUUGUGUCUUGGGGAUUCUGGAAAUCUUCACCCUUUUGCUUGCUUCAACUGGUAGUUUGCCUGCUUUUAUAAUUCAAGUUUUUAAGUGCUAGCUUGGGGUUUUGGGUUGCACCUAGCUAGUUUAAAGGCCCAUUUGUUGCUUUUAAUUUCUCAGAUCAUAAUUUCUCAGAUCAAAGGGUGUUUACUUGUAUUGUCAUGGAUUCUCAUAAGCCAGUUAUGUUGUCAAACUCCCCUGCUGUGUCUGAGCUUCCAUGUCUGAAAUCCGAAUAUGUGUCUCCGAACAAUGGCAAUUUAUCAAGCGAAUCUGGGGUACUUAGGAAGGAGAGUGUGGUAGAAAACCCAAAUGGGUUUAUUGGGGUUCUUGAGGUUUGCAUACACCAAGCAAGGGAUAUCCUCAACAUAUGUAUUUACCAUAAGCAAGAUGUUUAUGCCAAGCUUUACUUGACUAGUGAUCCUGAAAUAACAGUUUCAACUAAGACUAUUAAUGGUGGGGGACAGAAUCCUGUCUUUAAUGAGAAUCUUCAGCUCAAUGUUCGGAGGCUUGAUUCGUCGAUAAAAUGUGAGAUAUGGAUGCUGAGUAGGGUUAGGAAUUAUCUGGAAGAUCAGCUGUUGGGAUUUGCAUUGGUGCCUCUUUCUGAUGUUCUCAUUGAGAAUGGAAAGAUGGCUGGUGAAUUUUCUCUCUCAUCAAGCGAUCUCUUCCAUUCUCUAGCUGGUUUUGUUCAAUUGACUCUCACUUAUACUGGAGCAUCCCCCGAAGUCUUGGAACUUCCCACCCUGCGUACCUCUUGGGCUACAAAUGUGGCUGGAAAUUCUGGGGUACCCGAUGCAAUCCCUUGCGAACUUGAUAAGAUCGAGUUCCCAGAUCCAAAAGUUGUGAAUGAAAAUGAGAUGAUGGUCUCAGAGUAUUACGCAGUCCCAUGUGCCAAUAUGGACUCCCAAACCUCAGAAUGCCUUGGCACCACUGUAAAAGAUAAUUGCCUUAGUUCAGGUGAAAAUGUUUUUCUGCUAGAAAGCUUGGCAACUAAUAGUCAAGAUACCAUUGUGGUUUCAAAGAUCGACACUCCCCUAAGUGUUUCAACAAAUGGGUCUCCUUCAAUAUCGGUUCCCACAAGCUCCCAGUCUAUUUGUGACACUCCGAGAGCUUCAAAAUCUCCAAACCAGGAUGUUUCAUCCGUGAAGGAGGAAGUAGAGAAAGCUAAUAAAGAGGCUGAGACUGGUUCACCUGCAGUGACAGUAAGCACAUUUGUGCAGCCUGUUAUCAGUGUGCAUGUUGAAGCAGAACAAAAGGUGGUGCAACAAGAGAUAGUGGAUAUGUACAUGAAAAGUAUGCAGCAAUUCACAGAGGCUCUUGCAAAAAUGAAGCUUCCUAUGGACAUUGAAAAGGGAUCAGCUAUUGAAAAUGGACCAGGCAAUCCGGGAAAGUCAGGCUCAGACGAGAAGCCACAACCAGCAAAUGGCAAUGGCCAAAGCCCAAGAGUGUUUUAUGGGAGCAGAGCAUUCUUCUGAACUGUGGUGUGAUUGGUUCAGCCAAGAAAGAGGUUACUUGCGCUCAUUGAGUCUCAACUCUAAUUUUAGAAGUGAGUGAAAUUGUGCAAGUAGUGGAGUCGUUCAAUUUGUAUGCUGGUACAAUCUAGGAUUCUAGGUAACGGGUAAGCUUGUUGUCUUUGUUUCAAGCUUCACUGUAUGACAACUGCUAUUAAAUCAUAUGAAAAUAAUACAUUAUGCUUUUUUUAGGUCCUCAAUGUAUUUAUUUGCUUUGACCAGAAAAAAAAAAUGUAUUUAUUAGCUUUGUAUUGAUGCAUUUACUAUCGUAGAAU